AGGUACACUAGGUUGCCAUGUAGCUUAGCUGCAUGAUUGGCAACUUGAACUCAACAACUAUACAAAUUAUGCACAUGAAUCCAGUAUCUUGGUAAUAUAUACCUACUUACCCAUUUCUACCUCCUCCAUAUGCGCCUGUCUCGAGGUACAUCGAAUUUGCUCUCUGCUGUUGCGUCAGCCACUACGAUUCGACGCUAUGCGACCACUCCGCCAAAGAGUCGCUUCGGUGCGAAACUAAGUCUAACUCAUUUCCUCUUGCGCUCGCGCGCUUUAUCCCUCUAUCGUAGUAUUAUGCGCGGCACCAAACAGAUCAGUGACCCAACGACUCGCGCAGAGACGCGCAAAUUUGCCCGCACCGAAUUCGAGCGACGUCGUGAUAUCACCGAUACUGACCAUAUACGGUAUCUACUAUCCACCGGGAAGACGCAAUGGGAAAGCAUGGAGAGGUAUAUUGGUGGAACGUAAACCAUAGAGCCUGCUGGUUACUCAUCACCCCCGCCCUAUAGCCAGCAAGCAUGCUAUAUACUUAGGUAGGUACCUAUAUAUGGUACAUACAUACCAAAGCCAUGCCUCCGCAUCAUUGCUACUUAUUUAUUUGUCCCAUGUGUAUCAAUAGUUCAUCAUCCCUGCCGUUGCUUAUGUCUUGGGUUCGCGGGGCAGAUGAUGUAGCGAUAGCCACCAUGUCGCUUGUUGGCCUUCCUUCUCACAACCUUGCAAUGCUCGCAUCGCUUCUUGAUCGAACUGUGGACUUUCAUGCCCCGCGAUUGUUGCUGCGCAAAAACCUGUGCUGCUCUAGUCGGGUUGGCUGCUGUCGCUGUAGGCCGUGCCGUCGUGCUUGGAGCGAGAGCGGCCUGAGAGAUGGUACGUAUGGACUGUUGUGUCUGUAGGGUUUGCCGGACCACUGGAGCAGCGCGGAGGGAUAACGCCCGUAGUGAGGAUAUUAACGAUGAAUUGGCCAUCUUUGCGAAAUAAUUGGUGUUCCCCCCUCCUUAUUUUUGAGGCUCAGAUCUGUGAAUCUGUAAAGGUCGAAUUGAGACUGCGGAGUUGAGUAAGUUGGUUGUAUGGUUGUAGGUAUGCAUGUAGGUAGUAGGUACGUACGAUGUAAAAUAACUACAUGGUAGUAUGGUACGACGUAAAAUGUAAAAUGC